AUGGAAGGAAAAGACGAGAGAAGGGUAUGGGGAAUGGAAAAGGAAAGCAUCGCCACCACUGCACUGAGUGAAACCGAGAGGGAAGGAAAUGGGAAAGGGGAGAAGAGACCGAGAGGGAGCAAUUACGACCCAACGUUCGUAAAGAUAAUUAAGCAAAAAGCAGUACAAGAUUUCAAGGCUGACCCUUAUGUAGCAACUGUGCUGAAUUGCGCAAUGUGGUCCUUCUAUGGCCUGCCUAUCGUCAAAGAAGACAGCAUUCUCGUCACAACAAUAAACGCUGUUGGUUUACUCAUAGAGCUCAUCUAUGUUUGCAUCUUCUUCAUCUUCUCUCCCAACCACAAACGAGUAUGUUAUAACUGUAACAUUCAUACUAUGGAAACAUAUACGAGGAAUGAGGUAAUUACAAUUACACAUAUGCUGUGUUUUUAUGGUCACUUGCAGCGUAGGAUCGCCAUUGCACUCACUGUAGAAGUAAUUUUUGUGGCUGUGGUUAUCCUCAUCUCCAUAGUGGCAUUAAGUACUCCAAAGAAAAGAGCCAUGUUUGUUGGGAUAUUGUGCAUCAUCCUCAAUAUAAUUAUGUACGUUUCCCCAUUGACUGUCAUGGUACGUUUCUUGGUUUGCAGUGCAUGUAAUAUAAUUCACUAUUAUCUUGUGAAUAAAAUUUUAUUUUUUUUGUUGCAGAGGAUGGUGAUCAAGACGAAGAGCGUCAAGUACAUGCCAUUUUUCCUAUCCCUCGCUAGCUUGUGUAAUGGAAUCAUUUGGGUGGUUUAUGCCCUACUUAAAUUCGAUCUUAACGUUGUGCUUCCCAAUGGUUUGGGAGCUAUAUCUGGAUUGAUUCAGAUCAUACUCUAUGCAAAAUACCGUAAGACUACUCAAUGGAACGAUGAUGAUGAUCCCAGAAAUAAACCUGAAGUUCAACUUUCCUCAGUUUGAUCUCA